AUGGGUUCUACGAAUCAGCCUACAAAUAGAUAUCUCUUCUCAAGUAUGGCGAAAGGAACUGCACUAAGUCAGAAGAAGCGGUUUACAACAGCACGCCGUCGACACCAACGAGCUUUUCGCUUUAUGUUGAUGCUCGUCCUGGUAAUGUUUUGGUUGGAAAAAGUGAUAAUCGUACAACCUACGGCAGCAGCAACACCAACGCCGACGGCAACACCGACACCUUCGCCUACGCCAACUGCGACACCAACGCCUACGCCUACACCGACACCGACACCGACACCGACGGCAACAAAAACGCCUACACCGACGGCAACACCGACACCGACACCGACACCGACGGCAACAAAAACGCCUACGCCUACGGCAACCGCGACACCGACACCAACACCUACGCCUACGCCAACAGCAACACCGACACCAACGCCUACGCCAACUGCGACACCAACGCCUACGCCUACGCCUACGCCGACUGCAACUCCGACGCCAACACCAACUGCGACACCAACUGCAACACCGACACCGACGGCAACACCAACUGCAACACCGACACCGACACCGACACCGACACCGACACCAACGCCAACUGCGACACCAACGCCUACGCCUACGCCAACUGCGACACCGACACCGACACCAACGCCUACGCCAACUGCAACGCCGACACCAACACCUACGCCAACUGCGACACCAACGCCUACGCCAACUGCAACGCCGACACCUACACCGACACCUACACCAACUGCAACACCAACGCCUACGCCUACGGCAACCGCGACACCGACACCAACAUCUACGCCAACGCCUACGCCAACUGCAACACCAACGCCAACUGCAACACCAACGCCUACGCCUACGCCUACGCCGACGGCAACACCAACUGCGACACCAACUGCAACACCGACUGCAACUCCGACGCCUACGCCAACUGCAACACCGACACCGACACCGACACCGACACCGACACCGACACCGACACCGACACCAACGCCUACGCCAACUGCAACCCCGACACCGACGCCGACACCAACACCAACGCCAACUGCGACACCAACGCCUACGCCUACGCCAACUGCAACACCGACACCAACGCCUACGCCAACUGCGACACCAACGCCUACGCCUACGCCUACGCCGACUGCAACUCCGACGCCAACACCAACUGCGACACCAACUGCAACACCGACACCGACGGCAACACCAACUGCCACACCGACACCGACACCGACACCGACACCGACACCGACACCAACGCCAACUGCGACACCAACGCCUACGCCUACGCCAACUGCGACACCGACACCGACACCAACGCCUACGCCAACUACAACGCCGACACCAACACCUACGCCAACUGCGACACCAACGCCUACGCCAACUGCAACGCCGACACCUACACCGACACCUACACCAACUGCAACACCAACGCCUACGCCUACGGCAACCGCGACACCGACACCAACAUCUACGCCAACGCCUACGCCAACUGCAACACCAACGCCAACUGUGACACCAACGCCUACGCCUACGCCUACGCCGACGGCAACACCAACUGCGACACCAACUGCAACACCGACUGCAACUCCGACGCCUACGCCAACUGCAACACCGACACCGACACCGACACCGACACCGACACCAACGCCAACUGCGACACCAACGCCUACGCCUACGCCAACUGCGACACCGACACCGACACCAACGCCUACGCCAACUGCGACACCGACACCGACACCAACGCCUACGCCAACUGCAACGCCGACACCAACACCUACGCCAACUGCAACGCCGACACCUACACCGACACCUACACCAACUGCAACACCAACGCCUACGCCUACGGCAACCGCGACACCUACACCGACACCUACACCAACUGCAACACCAACGCCUACGCCUACGACAACCGCGACACCGACACCUACACCGACGCCAACACCAACUGCGACACCGACACCAACGCCAACUGCGACACCUACACCAACACCUACGCCGACGGCAACACCGUCACCUACGCCUACCCCGGCAAUAGCCGGUGUUGCAUUCUCUGCGGUGGUCAGUGUGGUGGACAAGACCGUGUAUGUUGAUGUUGCGGUCGUUCUCCAGGAUAACUUAGAAACCAAGCUGAAUGGAACUGGAGCGAACGUCACUGUGUCGGAUAACUGCGAUAGUAUCUUCGUGUCAAUAGCCUCGCGGUUCGCCGACUGGUACGAGAGAAGCAGCCUCGACGUUCAACGUGUAUUCAGCGCAACAUCAGCAGUGAAUGCAAGCUACAAUAUCUCUAUCUUAGCACCUACCGCGCUCGUAUCCAACGUGACGAAGAUCUCUACCAAUUUUACAAGUAGCGUUCCAAGUAUCCUGCCAAGUGGAGCGAGUCUCGCGGCGAUCUCGACUCCGAAAGUUGUGCCAACACCCACACCCACACCUACACCGACACCGACACCAACACCGACAACUUCAGCAACGCCUACGCCUACCGUCUCAGUGACGCCUUCACCGACAGCAAAUGUUACACAGGUUUCUGUGGGUGGCGGCGCUGCGGUCUGCUUCCCAGCGGGUGCUUCGGUGCUUAUUGAUGGUCUUGGCAAGACGCGGCGGAUAAGCGAAUUGCGCCCGGGUAUGACCGUAAUCGGCGUCGAUUCACGUGGGCGACUGGUCGAGGACACAGUUCUGGGGUGGUUGCACAAAGAGACUCGCGCCACAGCAGAAAUCCUAUUGAUCAAGACGCGUUCGGGGAAGGAGCUGCGCUUGACGAGGCAGCAUCUGGUGUACCGGAUGAACGAGAACCCGAGAGUCCCGGGCCGCAAAAUGACAGCUGUGUCGAGUCUUUCACAUGAGAAAGAGCAGCACAUACAGAAGAUCCUCGAACUGGAGACGUCUGUAGGUGAAGCGGUUUUCGCAGAAGAUAUCCGCAUAGGCGACGCCUUAUUCGACAUUGCUGCGCACCUGCCGGACCCCGUGGUGGCAAUUGACACUCUCGUUACGAGUGAUGGCCUCUAUGCGCCGCUGACGCGCUCAGGGCGCCUUGUGGUAGACGGAAUUCUUGUUAGUUGCUACGGGACCUAUGCAUCGCACACUGUGGCACAUGCUGUAUUGUGGCCUGCGCGGGUUGAACUUUUGCGCAAGAUAUGGGGAGCAGCGCUCGGCUCUGACAGCACGGAAGGUAUCAUGCCAUAUGCAGAAGGACUGUACCGCGUAUGGACAAGUGCAGCACGUAUUCUGAAAGAUAGUCGCGUGAAUGCUAUAGCUGUUGCCUGCUAA